CAACAGCUUCUUUUGCCUCUUCUUGACUUCUCUCCAUCACCUAUAGGCGGCCAACCUCCAUCCUCUCCACAAUGGCAUUCUGCUGUGUACCAUAUAGCUCCAUCCCAUCUGGACAAAUAAGCGGUAGACAGCCCUCCAGCCACCCGUCUUGUGCCAUUCAAUGUGAGCUGACCUAUGCAGGGAGCAGUUCCCAGCACUCUAGUGGCCAAACCUCUUCAAGUGGACAUGUUGCAUACCUGUGUCUCCAGCCUAGCAGUGGCCAGUCUUCCUCUCUUCUGAUGAGCAGUGGCCAGUCUUCCUCUCAACCAGCCUGUGGCAUUCCAUAUGUGGCCAUCCUUCCUGCCAGCAGCAGCCAAUCUUCCUCCUUUCCUGCAAGCAGUGGCCAAUCUUCCUCUCCUCCAUGCUAUGUCAUUCCUUAUGGGCCCAUCGAUGCAGUGAGCAGUGGCCAGUCUUCCUCUCAGUCAUCCUCUUCCACUCCAUGUGUGGCUAUCCUUCCAGUGAGCAGCAGCCAAUCUUCCUCCUUUCCUGCAAGCAGUGGCCAAUCUUCCUCUCCUCCAUGCUAUGUCAUUCCUUAUGGGCCCAUCGAUGCAGUGAGCAGUGGCCAGUCUUCCUCUCAGUCAUCCUCUUCCACUCCAUGUGUGGCUAUCCUUCCAGUGAGCAGCAGCCAAUCUUCCUCCUUUCCUGCAAGCAGUGGCCAAUCUUCCUCUCCUCCAUGCUAUGUCAUUCCUUAUGGGCCCAUCGAUGCAGUGAGCAGUGGCCAGUCUUCCUCUCAGUCAUCCUCUUCCACCCCAUGUGUGGCUAUCCUUCCAGUGAGCAGCAGCCAAUCUUCCUCCUUUCCUGCAAGCAGUGGCCAAUCUUCCUCUCUUCCAUGCUAUGUCAUUCCUUAUGGGCCCAUCGAUGCAGUGAGCAGUGGCCAGUCUUCCUCUCAGUCAUCCUCUUCCACUCCAUGUGUGGCUAUCCUUCCAGUGAGCAGCGGCCAAUCUUCCUCCUUUCCUGCAAGCAGUGGCCAAUCUUCCUCUCUUCCAUGCUAUGUCAUUCCUUAUGGGGCCAUUGAUGCAAUGAGCAGUGGCCAGUCUUCCUCCCCUCCUGCAAGCAGUGGCCAGUCUUCCUAUGCUCCAGUGAGCAGCGGCCAGCCUUGCUAUGUCCUAAUUUGAUUCAAGUCCUCCUCUCCUUGUCGUCGCCCUUGCUAAACCACCAAGAAACAUCUCUCCUGGUACACGAUCACAUCGAGAAUCGAAAAUGAUGGUAUGGAUUCAUGGCUAAGCUGAUGGGGACUGGGUACCCAAAGCGCUGAGCAUUCACAUUUCUAACUGAGGCUCUGCAGUUUCAGCACCUGCGCAUCAUCUUUGGCGCUCAGUCCCUGCUUGAAUGUUCUUUGACCCUGUCACUUCUGAAUGAUCCCUUUCGCUAGCUUUCACAAUCACUCUGUUUCAGCAGGGAGACAUGACACAUUGUUGUCAAUUUUCCCUGCGAGGGUUGCUAUUAUGUUUGCUCCCCAAUGCUAGUCGUAGAUUCGAUCCAAUGCUGUUCAUUCCUCUUCAUGAUGUCUUUGAGUUCUCAAUCUGUUUGCUCUUAAUAAACUCUGUUCUGGUGCAUAAAAA